AUCACACAUCUCCACGCGUCCCAUUCUUCCCGCCAAAAACCCCCCUCCCCUCCAAUACAACCACCACACUCUUUUCACCUCUCUUCUUCUUCAUUUCCUCUCCGCAACUAAAAUCAAGAAACCUCCGCUCUCCGCUCUCUCUCAAUGGCGCCCACACAAACCCUAACCCUAAUUCUCCUCUCUCUCAUCUUCUUCACCACCACUCACUCCAUACCCACGUCAACAAUCCUCCAAGCAGCGGAGAUACUCUCAAAAGAAAACUACUUAUCAAUGUCGCUCACUCUCCACCUCAUCUCCGCCACACCGAUCAUCCCCCACUCUCCUUCUUUAACCAUCUUCUCCCCUUCCGACUCCGCCUUCGCCGUCUCCGGCCAGCCCUCUCUCGCCCUUCUCCAAUUCCAUUUCUGCCCUCUCUCGUUCCCUCUUAAGUCAAUCAAAUCGCUCCCGUUCGGCUCCGAGAUUCCCACUUUAUCCUCCAGCAAUCUCUCCAUCACCGUCACCUCUGAUCCCAACGGUAGCGCCGCUCAUCUUUCUUUAAACGGCGUCAAGAUUGUCCGGUGUCUGUACAAUGACGGGUCUUUGGUUAUUCUCGGCGUUGAGAAGUUUCUUGACCCUGAUUUUAUUGUUUCUUUACCAACACCCACAUACCCGCCGGCUUCUUCGCCGGGUCCGGUUCCGGCUCAGAGAUUGAAUCUUGGAUGUGGGUUUGAUGUUAAGAGGAAUGGGUUUUGCUUGUUUAAAGAAGCUACUAAUGUUUUGAGGUCGAACGGGUACUCUGUUAUGGCUUCGUUUCUUGAUCUGCAGUUAAUGGGGUUUCAAGAAAAGGGAGAAAAAGACCCGGUUUUCUUGACAGUGUUUGCUCCGCUUGAUGAAGUGAUGAAGGGUUUUGUGGGUGAUGUGAACCAGUAUGCUUCGGUUUUUCUUAGACAUGUUGUGCCUUGCAAGAUUAGUUGGAAAGAACUGGGGAGUUCUAAUGAUGGGGUGGUGUUUGAUACUUUCAUGAAGGGAUUUGGGAUUAGUGUGAGCAGAUCUGGGGAUAUUCUGAUGCUUAAUGAGGUUCCUGUUAGCUUUCCUGAUAUGUAUCAGAAUGAUAGGAUUGUUGUUCAUGGCCUUCGAGGCUUGCUUGAUGCAGAAUCUUCUUCUUAUCGCUCGUUGAAUGAUGAUGAUUUUUGAAGCUUGCACAGAAGAUUCUGAUCUUGUGAAUACAAUAGGAUGUUCUUGUAAGGAAUUAGUGUUGAAUCAGUUCAGUCCUUUGUUAAUUUUUCUAUUACUGUUCAGCUUGCUUUGAUUUCUUGUUGAAUGUAAAACAUUCUGUUUUUUGCUUCAUUAAA